UGUCUGCUCACAAACUGCGCAUCACGGCGACUAUCAAGAUGUAUGGAUAAAUAUGUAGAAAUUAAGUAGUUUCUGUCUCUAAUUAUGUUCCAAUGCAGACAACAGGAUAUUUUUUUGCCGAGCUUCGGAGUAUGAACUGAGUAAUUGCCUGUGGUUUUAGUUUUUUUCCUAAAAACGGUCGGACGCUUUGGAACUAUUUUCGCAGGCAUGACGUUUGAAGUGGAUGCAGCUCAGACUGUGCAGCCGACUGUGGUGUUUCGGUCUCUGAACUGUGGACUGCUCAAGUAGCAUGCCUCAACCUCCUUAAAUUUCAAGUGAAACACUUUCCUUUACGUCUGAAAUCCUUGCAUACAAUAUAUCAAAAUCCUUUCAUACAAAUUACUAUAUCCCAUCAGGAGCACUUCAACGUGUGUAUGACUUAUCCCAGUAUGAUGUGAGAGAGCUUUUCAAUAGCACAUGUAAAAGGUUUUCACAAUACUUAGCAUUUCAGCUCUGUAUGAGCUGCCAUCUCUCAGCCAUCAUUACAACCUGACAAACAUGUAAGGUUGCAAUCCCACCUAGCCUGAGGUUUUACGUAUAUGACCACAUCCGUUUCUCUCUCUGUCUAUCUCUUUCUUUUCUAUCUCUGACUCUGUCGCUCUGGAGGGCUUCAAUGGCUGAAGCCUUCCAGCUUCUGACCUUGCUGUUGUGUUUUGUUAGGAGCCUGUGUUAGUAACUCAUCCCUUUGUGUUGUAAGUUGGGUCUUUCAUAUGGCAGAUGUGAGGUAAAUGGGGGGCGGGUUGUAUGCGUGUUUGACUCUCUGUUUGACCCACUGAAGAGCGCCCGGUCCGUGAGCCUAGCUGUGGGCAUCCUUGACCGAGCCAUCACUGCCCUCGUGUGCUCCUCAAUGACAUCUUCUGACCUCUACUGCUUGGAUGAAAGUGAAGAUGAAAUAAAGGACCACAUAUGUCGUUGAUCGUUAUUCAGGGGAUGAACACACAAGACUGAAGGACAGUAGACGUGAGAUCUCAUACAUGAGAAGAGGCUCAGCUUCGUCUCAAAGUGAGACUGACUGGUGUGGAACAAAUAAAACAUAGGCUGAGCUGCACUGCAAAGCAGCCUACGCAUGAGUGGAAAGACGUUUCGCCUGCCUGGCUAUGUGGAGCUUCAGGCACACGCGACGUGUGAAUUGUUACCCCGGUCUGAUCCGUCACCUUGGUUAGACGGAUCCUGCACACCGAGGGGUUCACUGAACUUCCAGAAGCAGAACCGUGACUCGACCAUGACGAGAAUGUCUCAGAACCACACCAACUCCACGUGCACCGUGGAAGAACUCCAGGCGAUCGCCUACACCCCGCUCUUCAUCCUGGGCCUGCUGCUGAACGCCACGGCUCUGUGGCUCUUCGUCAGACGACGUCACGCGUGGACCGACACACACGUCUAUAUGCUCAACCUCAUCGUCGCCGACCUUACGCUCAUUAUCUUCCUCCCCUUCAGGAUCGUCGACGCUUUCCACUGUUUGAGCAAAACCUGGCUGUGCACGGUCCUCAUCUCGGUCCACUACGUCAACAUGUACGCCAGCAUCCUGAUCACCACGGCCCUCAGCGUGCACCGCUUCGUGAUGGUCAGGUUCCCUCACAGAUACAGAAGGGGCAACAAACAUACGGCCGCUGUUGUUUGUUUGUUUAUUUGGGUGUUUGUUAUAGCAGUGUGUGUCGGGUUCCAAUCGGAUAACUACCCUAAAAAUCUGUGGACGUGUUUUGAAAGGUGUAAAAACAAACCGAUCCGAAUGUCUUUCCUCGCAGUGCUGGUAACUUCAGGCUUUCUUGUUCCACUAUUGAUCGUUGUCUUUUGUUCGAGCCAGAUCUUAUUGAUCCUGAUGAGGGCCAACGAUAACUCUAGGGAGAAGAAAAGUAUUGUUGGCAUAGUAACAGCCAACAUGAUUGUAUUUAUAUUCUGUUAUACCCCCAUACAUGCAAGCAUUCUUGUGAGCUACUUAGAGGAUCAACAUGAGAGCUGUGUGCCUACGUCCAUGAUUGUACACUACAUUUUGCUCAUAUCUGAAUGGAUCGCUACCACAAACUGCUGUUUGGAUUCAGUAAGUUACUACUUUCUGUUUAAAUCUUUGUCGUUGGGAGGAAAUUAAAUUGCAUUGCAUUCUUGAAACUAGAAUGCAAGAUAUUUUUUUUUGCUGUAUUCAUUCCAAGUGUAGCUAGCUUUAUGUAGAUGUUCAGAACAUGUUCAUUAUUUUUAUUACGCCUUUUUGUAACUGUUGUAUAUGUUAUGCAUAUAAAUGUACAUAUUUAUUAGAGCAUCUCAAACGUGUUGAUUAUAAAAAAAAUGAUUAUAAAAUAUGUU